GACAAGUCUGAUCUUUCUCUGUAAGAGAGAAACUUGUCUCCAAAUUUCUGAAUAAAUAGAAAUAGAUUUCGGAUCCUCCCCAAACAAAUUGAAACCCUCUCCAGAUUCUUCAUUCAAAUUCAGAUUUCAACCGAUUCAGCGAAAUUGAUAGUGCUUUGUCGGUAAUUAGUGUUGGUGAUUUGCAUUUUCAGAAUAUGAAGAACAAAUUUCUGCAGAGUUCCAAAGGAUUGCUCCACCGGAGUUUCGAUCCUUCCAAAUGCAAAACGUCGUUGAGGUUGGCUGGUUCGAGAUUGAAGCUAUUGAGGAACAAGAAAGAUGUGCAAGUGAAGCAAAUGAAGAGGGAAAUUUCCCAGUUGCUCGAGUCCGGCCAGGAUCAGACCGCUCGAAUUCGAGUCGAACAUGUGAUUAGGGAAGAGAAGAUGAUGGCUGCAUAUGAUCUUCUUGAGAUAUACUGUGAACUUGUUGUUGCUCGCCUGCCAAUAAUCGAGUCGCAGAAGAAUUGCCCCAUUGACCUGAAGGAAGCAAUUGCAAGUUUAGUAUUUGCAUCACCAAGAUGCGGAGAUGUACCUGAACUUCUAGAUGUAAGGAAGCAAUUAUCAGUAAAAUAUGGAAAAGAUUUCACUACUGCAGCCAUAGAACUUCGUCCGCAAUGUGGUGUAGGCAAUAUGUUGGUAGAGAAACUAUCUGCAACGGCACCUGAUUUACAGACCAAACUCAAAAUUUUGAGUGCAAUUGCAGAUGAGUACAAUGUUAAAUGGGAAUCUAAUUCAGUUGAAGAGAUUUCAGUACCUCCCAGUGUCUCGCAGAGUGGACCAAGCAGGAAGGAGAGUGAAGUCUAUGCCGAACCUCCUCGUUUGGAAGCUACAGAUGUCCAAGCUAGCCCAAUCAACAGUAACAUACAUAGUUCACCAUUAAAUUCUUCCCAGCAGGAUUCUAAUACUCCGGUGGGAGCUGAGAAGUUCUCUUCUGUUGAAACUUCUAGUGUCAACCCAACAUUCCAGCCCGAAACAAAGCCUUCAGCACCACCGGAGAAGAAGGCAGAAUUAUUUCAAGGAGAUAACAAUACUAGCCCAGUGGAUACACAGAGGUGGACAACGAUGGAAUUCAAGGAUGCUGCUGAGGCGGCACAGGUGGCUGCUGAGGCUGCAGAACGAGCAAGUAUGGCUGCUAAAGCUGCCGUAGAACUUUCCAGCUCUGGUAAGAUUUCGAGGCAGAAUUCUACCGAACCGUGCAAGCCAGAUGUUCAUAUUAUAAAAGAUGAAGGACCUGAAACGCACCCAGAUUCAGAAUUUUCUGGUGAAAGAUUUUCUGAACCAUUCGUUAAAAAAUCCUCCACUGAGCAUUCAGAGGUACAGAAUGCGCAAAUAGAUGGGAGUAAACUUCAUGAACUGAAGACAGCUUCAGUACUAAAGGAGGAUGGUGCGGGUGGUGGUAGAAGUUCAGAAGAAUAUAAUCGAUUACCUUCUCCAAAGUCUAAAGUUUCAGUUGAUGUUGAUUCUUUGGUUCAUGGUACCCCAAUUGUAGAUGAUUAUUCUCAAAAUAACUCAUUAAAGAAGAUAUACGAAAGUGAGGUGAGUACGAAGAAGCAGUCCAUCGAGUAUGUGAAUGAAACUGCAAACAGCUGGCCAGAGAAAACUGAGAAUCUCACUGAAGAAAAGAUUGUGAAGCAGCCCAGUGUAAUAAGCCCUUCUAGUACCCCAAUAGAUGACUAUUCUCAAAAUAACUCAUUAAAGGAGAUAUACGAAGGUGAGAUGAGUAUGAAGAAACAGUCCAUCAAGUAUGAGAAUGAAACUGCAAACAGCUGGCCGGAGAAAGCUGAAAUUCUCAGUGAAGAAAAGAUUGUGAAACUGCCCAGUGUAAUAAGCCCUGCUAGUUCCCAGUCUAGCAUUUAUGACAAUGUGAAUGUUUUUGCAAAUGAUUUUUGUGAGGAUCCCACUGCAAGUGUUGGUAAAAGUGGCGUUCAUGAAGAAGCCCCCCAGACAAGUUUCCAUGAAACUGCUGCUGUAGAUUUCGACAGAUCUGAUUCAGGUGUUGAUGAUCACGAAUCUGAUACGAAUCCUUUUGUGGGUGUUGGUAAGAGUGUCGUUCAUCUCGAAACUUCACAGACAAGUUUCCAUGAAACUGCUGCUGUAGAUUUUGACAGAUCUGAUUCAGUUAUUGAUGAUCACGAAUCUGAUACGAAUCCUUUUGUGGGUGUUGGUAAUAGUGACGUUCAUCUCGAAGCUUCACAGAUAAGUUUCCCUGAAUUUGCUGCCGUAGCAGAUUUUGACAAAUCUGAUUCAGAUAUUGAUGAUCACGAGGCUUGUAAGAGCCCUACAUAUGAUGAGCAGAGCUUGGAAUUUCAUAUGCAAUUAUUAGGCCAAAAAUCACCGGAGCUGCAAUCAGUAAAAGCAGAUUCUUGGAGUCCUAGUCGUAGCUCGAGCAGAGUAGAGAAGCCUACUUCAUCGGUAUUUUUCACUGAAGAGAAAGUAUCCCCUGUUUUUCAAGAAAACACGACAUUGGAAGAUGAUCCAGAACUGGACGCGCCAGUGAUGUUCGAUGAUUCUGAUGGUGCAGCUUCUGAAAUUGACGACAUUAAUACUGUCCACGAUAAGGUGGAAGAAUCUAAGGUGGAAGAUUCUAAGGUGGAAGAUUCUAGUGAUCGUCCACAUAAACACAAAGACAGCGGGAAAUCAGUUAGAUCACAUGCUAAGAAGGGUAAAGCAGAACAAUCAGUUGGAUCGACACGUAAGGACGAAGGAAAUUCAGUAUUCGACACUAAACCGUUGUCAUUUCCCUCGGAUGAUGAAUUGAAUUCCGAUGUUGACUUGCCCUGGAAAACAAACCGAAAUGACAAUUUUGGUGCAGACUCUUCUUCAGAAGAGGAAGUUGGUAAUGAAUCGGGUGUGGGGAUGCUGAAUUUCGGAAAACUCACCGGUGGUCUUCGUCACAAGAGUAAUAAACACCUGCCUUUCAUCAAGAAAAAUCGAUUGGAUGAGUCAUCAUCUGACAAAGAGGAGGAAGCUGAGACUAGUCCCAAGAUUACAAUAUCAACCACCCCCCCUCCAAAAAAAGCUGUUGAGAUAGGCCGUCACAAAAAAAGCUCAAAAACACCCCCGGUUUUGGAGUCAGAUUCAGAUAGUGAAAGUUAUGAGGAAGACAAACCUUUGCCAAAGAGGUAUGGUAAAAAACAGGCUCCUAAUACUGUGGGCACAGUUAAAAAAACGAAACCGAGUUUAGCAGUUUCGGAUUCGAUACUCGGUUCUGAUAGUAGUGACACCGAUGAUGAUUUUUCAAAUGUGUCCGGUAAUAGGAAAAAACAUCAUCCGCCAAGUCCGGUUUCUCGAAGAACUAAAGUUUCUCCUCCUAAAGGGAGAACAAGUUCUCACACAAAGAUACGUGUUAAACCUGAAGCAGUCGAAUCUGAUACCGCUGAAACAGAUAGAAAAUCCAAAAUCCCCAACAAAUCUGAGGCUCCAAAUAAAUCUUCACCCAAGCCGCCUUCUAUGCCUCCCAAAUCAAAUUAUUGGGCGCCUCCAACUCCAUACUCUCCAAAUCAAUCGGGAAAUUCUGAGCAGCCCACACCAGCAAAAGUGGCUUCUAAUAAGCCUAAUAAAUCAAAUUUGCCGGGACCUUCGCAAAUUCCUAGCUCAGGAAAAGCAACUUCGGCAAUAGUGCAAGAUGGUAAGGCCGCUCACAAGAAGUCAUCUGCUGUAGAAGAGCCGUCAAGUUCCCAGCAAAAACCAGAGCCAUCGAUUGACAGUCCUGGUAAACAAGAUGGUGCUAAAAAAGCUAGUCACGUUCAUCCAAAACUUCCCGAUUAUGACACCCUAUUUGAAACUCUUCGCGCAAAUCGUCCUUGAGAAAGUUGUGAGACUAUCAUAUAUUGUUUAUUCUGUUACAUGCUAUUCUUUCUUUCUUUCUUGAAAAGUUGUGAGGCUAUCAUAUAUUGUUUAUUCUGCUACAUGCUGAUAGUUAAUUAGUAUCGAUGCCUUUGUGAUUGUAGUGGUGAUCGUUUUUAUGAUGUUGGGGUAAAAAGAUGUGUGUUUUUUCAGAUUGUCAUGUAAAGUUUAAAUGUAUUGGACAUGAAGCGGUUUUCACGACAAGAAAAUUAGUAUGUUUCAUGUACCCUGGAUUUGAUUCAAACAUUUUCAUGUAUCAUAAUAAUUCAAAAUCUCCUUUUAUAA